AUGAGAGGCGCGCGUACACGGGACCAGCCGGCGGAGGUACCUUUGAUACGGGGGGAGCUGCAGCCAUCCCUGACGAGUGCGAGGGGCGAGGCGGAUGAUAGCACCACGGACGAUAGCGGUACCAGUGCCGCGGAAGGCAGGGACUUUCUGCGCGGUGUAGGCACGAGGUUUGACAUUCUCCUGCAGGGCACCAGCAACCUUGGUGAGGCGGAGCACAAAAAAAUAAUACGAGCGGCGGAGAGGAAGACGGCGGACCAUUCAACCGGCGUGAGUGGCGCCGCCAAUCGUCGGCACGGCUCGUCGUCGCAGGGCAAACGGCGACUUGUGCCACAACCCUUUUCUCACCUCUUGGUGUGCGACUUUGAGGCAACCUGCGACAGUGCGAGCGCGAGCUACCCGCACGAGAUUAUUGAAUUUCCCGUGGUUUGCGUAGACACUGUGGAUUUGUGCGUGGUGGCGGAGUUUCACUCGUACGUGCGACCCAUGCGAAACCCACGUUUGACGCAAUUUUGCACUGCGCUGACAGGCAUCACACAGGCGCAGGUGGACGCGGCCCCAACACUGCCAGAGGUUUUGGGUCGCUUUGAACGCUGGUUGCGGGAGGUGGUCUACCCACUCUGCCGUCGGUGGAUGACGGCGCGGCCGGAGGGGCUGAGCAACUCUCUGCAAUCGCAAAAGCGCCACUUUACAUAUGACGAGAGACGUAACCCGGAGUGGACUGACUGCGAGCGGAUGAUCUGCAUGGUGACGGACGGUCCAUGGGAUAUGCGGAAAUUUAUGUACGAAUGCAGCGUGAUGCGGGACGGCCACGAAUUUCCUCCACUUUUCUACCGCUGGGUGAAUGUGCGUCACAGUUUUGCAGACCUCUUCCGCAUGCGCCCACGCAAGCUGACGGACAUGUUACGGAAGUUGGGCUUGCCGUUUCUUGGCCAGCCGCACAGCGGCAUUGAUGACUCCCGCAAUAUCGCUCGGAUUCUCAUUGAGCUUCUGAGACGUGGCUACAGGGUGAAUCGUAUUAGCACCAUCAAAUACAUCAACACUGCUGACGCCGCAGCAGUGACGCAGCUGCUGGAAGAAUUGGGCGAGGACGGCUCGAGACCAAUUUAUACGAAGGCUGAAGGGAAGAAGUGCCGCACAUGCGGCAGUAACGCCACCUCCGCUGGAGGGCGCCGUAACAAACGGCGUCAGGCGUGCUGA